UAAUAUAUCAUUCAACUUUUAAUUUUAAUUAAAAUUAUAUCAUCUCAUUGCCAAAAAGUCAUUUGUCAGGUUACCCAAUUCUGAGGCCCUCCUCUCUUUAUCCAUUUACAUAUAUGUCCUUUCUUUUUUUCUUUUUAAAGUUUUAAAUUUUUAAUGAAGCGUGGUGGCCUUCACGUUUAUACCUCUUUUAAGUAAUGCCAGUCGUUGACAUGCACAGCUUAUUUAGUAGUUCGCACGUCCUUCAAAAACGCAAUGCAAGAAUCGCCCCAAGUCAUCUCUCAGACUUGAAAGUCGACAUAAUAUAAAUCCUACGUACCCUAUCAACAUCCAUCCCAUUGCCCCCAAAGCCCUCAGUUUCCUGCUAGACUCUCCAAGCCCUGAUCACUUGCAAGAAAAAUGGCAAGCAAUCAGUUCUUGAUCCUCGUCUCAUCACUCUCGUUCCUCCAGUUGGCCUUCCCUACCCUCAUGGCUGCUGAACCAGCGAAGAAAACCAAUGUGGUGGUCGAAGGCGUGGUGUACUGCCAGAGCUGCGAGCAGGCUGGAACAUGGUCUCUGUCUGGGGCCAAGCCAAUCCCUGCUGCCAAAGUCAGCGUCAUUUGCAAGAACCACAAGGAUCAAGUCAGCUACUACAAGGUGAUCGAAACAGAUGGGAACGGUUACUUCUACGCACAACUCGAAGGCUUCACAAUGAGCCAAUAUCUAUUGGAGCAUCCCCUCCAAGCUUGCCAUGUUAAGCCUGUCUCCUCUCCUCUUCAAAACUGCAACCUCCUUACCAAUAUUAACUACGGACUGUAUGGCUCCCCACUUCGUUACGAGACCAAGAAAUUGUUUGGAAGCAACUACGAGGCUGUCAUCUACGCUGCAGGCCCCUUGGCAUUCCGUCCAGAUCAUUGUCCUCUCCUCACUCACUUCUAAUCAUUUAUACUCCAACCCAAUUUGAUAGGGUCCUCGGUCGAGAUCCUAGACACCAAGCUGCCGCGCCCCUUCUUGCUCCUCAAUGACCGAUGUGGGCUGCCACUUGCUUGACCGUGAUGGUUAUGGGUGGUGUUGGCUGAGUUCGUAUGGUUGAUCAGUGGCUGAUGGUGGGCGAAAUUCUAGUGACUGGGCGUGCAUGCAUGCAUGUGCAGGAGCUGAAUCGUCAAAAACGGUUGUGAGUGGGAUCAGGUGGUUAAGUGGCUGGCUGACCAAGUCAGGCACACGUGGCUCCUGCUGGUGGGCUGACCCAGUCAGGCACCAGGUGUCUCCUGAUAGUGGCUGACCAAGUCAAGGACAGGUGUCACUUGCUUGGGGGGCUGACCAAGUCUCACACAGGUGUCUUCUGAUGAUGAGGCACACGUGGCUAAGGGUGGUUUAAGUGGGUUGGCCGAGUGGGUGAUGGCUGAGCAGUUUAAGGGAUGGUUGGUUACUCCCCUACUUUGUAGGGAGCAGUUGUGGCUAGACAGGUGGCAAGGGCUGGGAGAGUGGCUUGGCUGGUGGGUGGUAACUGUCAGCUUGUCCCUGACCUUGCCCCAGAUUCGACCAGGAUGGCCUGGUGCAGACCAGAUGCCCUUCAAUGGCAACUCGUGGCUGACUUAUGCGAUGCCCCACUCGAACGGUUCAAAAUACUCAGCAAGCAAAAGCGAAUGUAAUGCAAUAGACACAAUCCAAAAUGCUGAAAUACCUC